UUGAGUGCGUGAUUAGGGCAGUAUACCAUUUCUAAAUGAGUUGGAAAUAAUUGAAACAGUGCUUAGAUACCUUGUUCACAUAACAAGUAGAUAGGAAUAAAAGGACUUGUUAAACAAUGUUACUCAACUUUGUGAAAUCUUGACUUAUACGUCAAUAAAAUAAUGACGAGUAAUUUUUAAAGAUGAAGACAUAGGAGUCUUCUGAACACCCCUCCUCCCAAGGACACAAUGAAUGAACAUAUGGAGCAAUUCCCUCUGAAAGAGAUCCAGAAUCUAGUUGAGUGACUUCCACACAUCUGGCAAAUGAGAAAAUGCCCACAUCAAAAUGGACAGGAAGGCUGAGACACACUCUUGCCAUAAAUUCUACCUGGCACAACACCAUACAGUGGGAGGGAUCCCUAAUUGGUGAAAACUACAAGAAAGAUUUUGGCUUAACUCAAAGAACAUAUUUAAGGAAUAAUUUUAUGUAGAUACAUCUAACAACGGAGCAAAUUUCUGCAGGAAGUAAUUUUCCAAUUGAGAAGUCUUCAAACAAAAACUGGAUGAGCACCUAAUGGGGGAUAUUGCAAAAGGAAUUGAAGUACAACCCAAUAGAACAAUCAGCUGAAAUGCACAAAGCCCAAGGGCCAGUUUAAGAAAAAUAUUUCCCUGAUUCCAAAAUCGUUUUCUAUUCUGUGAAGAGCGGCCAUUAAGGCAGUGGAAGAAAGCUUACGCUAGUGUCGCUAGUAUGUUCCCUCCUGUCCCCACUUUUACAGUUAGAACAUUAAGAGAGCAAAGGUUCCCCCAGGCAGACAGACAGUCACCCUGUAGUCACGCUGGGCUGGGUCUCAGCUGUACUUAGCACCAGCCCCGUGGAGAGGCGGGUUCUCACACUCUAACCUACAUGAUUUCCAGGCUUUUCUAGGCGAGGGGCAGGGCCGAGUUUGCAGCUUAUCUGAUGGGGCCAGCGGGUUUUAGAAGGCGGCUCGCAGCCCACAAGCCCAGGGGAAAGCCGAGGACUCGCAGCUCCUUUCAACACCGGUCGCCUCCACUCUGCCCCCUGCAGGCCGGCCGGCGGGAGUGCUCAGGCGACAGGGGGCCUGGAGAGCGGAGCCCGGAGACGCUAGCUCGGCCUCCAGCGGCCCUUUCACAAACUGCAAGCCAGCCAGCGUCGCCGCGGAGAUACCGGGCCAUGGCGCGGGUGCUGAUCGUGGGCGCCGGGCUGACAGGAAGCUUGUGCGCAGCGCUGCUGAGGAAGGAGACGGCCCAUCCUUUGCACCUCGCUGUGUGGGACAAGGCUGGGGACUCAGGGGGAAGAAUGACUACUGCCCGCAGCCCUCAUAAUCCACAGAGCACAGUUGAUUUGGGUGCACAAUACAUCACCUGCACUCCUCAUUAUGCCAAAAAACACCAAAGUUUUUAUGAUGAACUGUUAGCUCAUGGCAUUUUGAAGCCUUUGACCUCUCCUAUUGAAGGAAUGGUGAUGAAAGAAGGAGACUAUAACUUUGUGGCACCUCAAGGAGUUUCUUCAAUUAUUAAGCAUUACUUGAAAGAAUCAGGUGCCGAUAUCUGUUUCAGACAAUGUGUGACCCAGAUCAACCUGAGAAAUGACAAGUGGGAAGUCUCCAAGGAACAGGCCCCUGAGCCAUUUGAUAUUGUUGUCCUGACGAUGCCAGUUCCUCAGAUUCUGCAGCUUCAAGGUGACAUUGCGAAUGUAAUUAGUGAACACCAAAGACAGCAACUGGAGUCUGUGAGCUACUCCUCUCGCUACGCUCUGGGCCUCUUUUAUGAAGCUGGCACGAAGAUUGAUGUCCCUUGGGCAGGGCAGUACAUCACCAGUAAUCCCUGCAUACGCUUCAUCUCCAUUGAUAAUAAGAAACGCAAUAUAGCGUCAUCAGAAAUCGGGCCUUCUCUUGUGAUUCACACCACUGUCCCCUUUGGAGUGACACACUUGGAACACAGCGUUGAGGAUGUGCAACAGUUAAUCUUCCAGCAGCUGGAAACCAUUUUGCCGGGUUUGCCUCAGCCAGUUGCUACCCAAUGUCAGAAAUGGAGAUAUUCACAGGUUACACAUGCUGCUGCCAACUAUCCUGGCCAAAUGACUCUUCAUUGCAAACCUUUCCUUGUGUGUGGAGGGGAUGGAUUUACCCACUCCAACUUUGAUGGCUGUAUUGCUUCUGCCUUAUGUGUUCUGGAAGCUUUAAAGAAUCAUAUUUAGUAUCUGUAUUCUUAUUCUCUACAUGUACUUUGGGAUUUUGUUUUCACAAGUUUCUGUUAUUGAUUAUUUUGUUUUCUAUUUUGUUGAGAGAAAUUACCGGAAAAUUGUUCUUCACUUGUCAUUUUUUUAUAUAGAGCAUAAAAUUGAUUUUAUAAUUUUGAUAGUUACAACCCAUGCUAGAAUAAAAAUUCUUUGGACUUUAUACCUUUUGCCAUUUUUCUGAGUUGCCAUGACUACUACUUGUUGGAGGAAAAGUAGUGUUUAAGAAUAACAAAUGACCCUCCCCCAAAAUUAGUCAAAUUAAAAUAACAGUUCAUGUUCUCAAACCUUUAUUAUUCUUUUGAAAAUUUCACUUCCAAAUAAAGAAUAUUUGCUAUCAAAGCCUCAUUUUUAAUCUUCAAGUAUACCCUGAUUUAAUAUUUUUGCAAACUGCUAAAUUAUAAGAUUCCUCCAAACUGUAAAUAAGAGAGUGUAAUUUUUGUUACUCAUUUAUCUUCUGAGUUAUUAAAUGAUCCUGAAUUGUAGUCAUAUAUGUCCUCAUCUCUAGGAUUGUAGUUGGGAGGGCAACUUGACAGAUGAAAUAACCUCUCUUCAAAUUUUAAGAAAAUAACCAGAUUCAUCUUGACUUUCCAAGUCACACAGUACUUUUUAACCUUAAAAAAAACCCUGUCUUAUUAUGGAAGGUAAAAAUUAAAUAGAAACUGAGAGAAAAUAUGUCAACCUGUACCUUUUGUUAUCCUAUAUGGCUGCUGCUGUUACCUUUAUAUGUAUUCCAGUAUGUACAAUGGAAUUUAGACUGUGUCAAGAUUAAUUAAUUUAAUACAAUAAAAAAAAUUACUGAACUAGAAAAUAGAUGUACUUAAAGUAGUUCAAUAUUUGCCAACUUAGGGGUUCAGUGACCCACAUGCUUCAGUGACAACCCUGUGACUGCCUAGCUGGAGAGAAAUUGAUCCUCAGCUUUCCAAAUAAGCUAUCUGUUGCUAAUGCAGAAAGCAAAAUGGUGAGUCCUAUUUUAUCAUUUUGAAAGGAAAAAAAUUUGUAGCCUCUCAAACUAAGAAAAGCUCAACAAAAAACUUAAUUUGGUAGGUAGUACCUAAAGUUUCACACUUACAUGCCCACUAAUCAGACAUACACAUACACAGGUGUGGGCAGAACUCACUUAUGUAUCUACAAAAUGGGUUUUCUGAUUCUAUAGAAUGUUAUUAUAUGUGUCCUUUUAGCAAUCAAUUGAUGAAAAGUUGAAGUACUUACAUGUGGCUAAUAUCACUUACUUUUGAAAGCAGAGAAGGGAAAUUAAUGCGAUCUCUGGUAUGAUGUGGUGAAAAAUGUGGAGAUUUAUUUCAUUAUUUUGUCCCAUAUUCGAUUAACAUUGGUCUCUAUUUUCAUUUUACCCUUAAAAUAUGGUAGAAAAAUCAUUUAGAUGUAGUAACUAUUUUGUUUUUAACGUAAUUCUGGAGCUAUUUGUCUGAAAGCAUCCUGAAGCUUUAAGAACAAUGUUAUAGUCAUCUCAUAAAUGUAUAUCCUCCAAAAAAGAGAGAGAAAAAAACAACAAUUUCUAAAGGUUAUGGGUUACUUAAAGACAGAACUCGUCUAAGCCAUUACUGACGACUUUGAUUAUCUAUUCAUUCUAAGUGUGUUUCCCUAAUAAUUCUGUAUCUGUUUUGAGAAGACUAUGGCAAUAUGAGAAAAAACUCAACCCUGAUUUAAAUGUGUAUCAUUGUUACUUUGCUAAUCAUUUUGAAAACUCAUUUUACAUUUAGAUCUGUCUCUGAUAGGAACAGGCCAAUUCCCUGAUGUUCCACAAAGGAAGUAAAAUGUAUCAAAUGCUCGUGUUCUUCAUUUUCAUUACCUCUUUCCACGUAGAAAUGAAAUGGAGAUGGGAUUAUCUUGUGCUGGAAGCCAUCCCAGAAGGCCAGAAAACUCAGAUGGCCAGAAUGCCCCAAAAGACCCAGGGCUAAAGUAUCAAGCUCCCCUGAGAAAUAGGGGUCUGCACCAUUUGGAAUAGCGGCCAAGGUGUAUGUUUGUCAGCCCCAUGGGACCACACUGCGCCACAAGAUUUCCAAACAAGAACAUUUAUUAAUCAAGCCAGCCAAGGAAAAGCUGUUCUGUUUUGAAAGGAGCAUAUUCAAGUGAGAAACGGCUUGAGCAGUGGGGUGAUUUAAUACUUGUUAGCUGAUAAAUAUAGCCUUUGCUGGAAUAAAACUUUAUGAUGCAGUGUUGAAAAGCUUAAUUACUAAACUGUCUAUGCACGUCUUGCUCAGGUAGCAAGGGUGACAAAUUAUAGCAGUCGAAUAGUAUUUUUCACCUUUGGCAUUUCUGAAGGGGAAAAGUAUGUCUAAAAACAUCAAGAAAGCAGUAAUAAUCCCAGACCAGAUAUUACUGAGGGGGGUGGAAA